AAUAACAGAAACGCAGAUUCACAGAAAAACAAAAACAAAAACAAAAAAAAAAACCCACUUCUCUCUCCUCACUUUCUCUCUCUUGUUCAAAUGCAGCAGCAUCACCAAAUCCGAAGGUCCGUCUUCUUGUUCUUCUUACCCAACAGCUGUUUUCUUUCAUUUCCUUAAUUUGACAUCCAAAAUCCAAACCAAAGAAUUCCUGUGAGGAAGGUCUAGCUCAAUUUUCAGGGGUUUAGGGAAAUUCCUUACUGUUUUGAUCCCAAUACCAGUUUUAUGGUUCAAAACCCAUCUUUUGAAUCUGCAAUUCAGGAGGUUAGGCAUUGGAAAAUUAUGAAUUAGAACCCCAUGAUAAGGUUUGAUGAUGGGGUCCUUCAAUAUGGAGAAGAAAUGGGUAUUUCCUCUGGCUAUAAGCUCUCUCAUAUGCAUGUUCCUUCUUGCUACCUCCUUCAACAUGGGUCUUCUUUCUUCACUACACCCAAUCAACUCAAUCUUCUCGAUUUUCUCGCCUGGCCUUUCUACAAACCAGACAAAUCCUGUGUUUGCUGAACAGAAGGUUGGGCAAUCCCCUCCACCACCUACCACUCCCAACAUUCCCCGGUUUGCUUAUUUAAUUUCUGGUUCAAGGGGGGAUUUGGAGAAGCUUUGGAGAACUCUUCAAGUACUUUAUCAUCCAUUGAACCAAUAUGUUGUUCAUUUGGACCUUGAAUCGCCUGCAGAGGAACGAUUGGAUCUAGCUGCUAGAGUGGAAAAGGAUCCGAUUUUUUCUAAGGUUGGGAAUGUUCACAUGAUUACAAAGGCGAACAUGGUAACUUAUAGAGGACCUACUAUGGUUGCUAAUACUCUUCAUGCCUGUGCCAUUCUUCUUAAGAGAAGUAAGAAUUGGGAUUGGUUUAUCAACCUCAGUGCCUCAGAUUAUCCUCUCGUGACUCAAGAUGAUCUUCUUUACACAUUUUUGGGUUUGGACCGGAACCUGAAUUUCAUCGAGCACACCAGUCGGCUAGGUUGGAAAGAGAAUCAAAGAGCAAUGCCUUUGAUUGUAGACCCCGGGCUCCACAUGACAACAAAGUCGGAGAUAUUCUGGGUCUCACCUAGGAGAACUUUGCCAACGGCUUUUAAACUAUUCACCGGUUCAGCAUGGAUGGUUCUCUCACGAUCGUUUGUAGAAUACUGCAUAUGGGGUUGGGAUAACCUCCCUCGAACCCUUCUCAUGUACUAUGCAAAUUUUGUGUCCUCCCCAGAAGGCUACUUUCAGACUGUGAUAUGCAAUGCACCAGAGUAUGCCAAGACCACUGUAAACCACGAUUUGCACUUCAUUUCUUGGGACAAUCCUCCAAAACAGCACCCCCACACCCUCACCAUCAACGACACCAGUAGGAUGAUUGGAAGCAGUGCAGCCUUCGCCCGGAAAUUCAGACAAGAUGACCCUUCCUUGGAUAAGAUUGAUAAGGAUUUACUAGGCAGGAAGAAAGGCGGCUUCACCCCUGGUGGCUGGUGCUCCGGCAACCCCCCUUGUUCCAAGGUUGGUGAUCCUACCAAGCUAAAACCAGGUCCUGGAGCUCAAAGGCUUCGCCUUCUCGUAUCUAGAUUACUUCUAUCAGCUAGGUAUGGUCAAAAUCAGUGUAAAUAGAUAUGGUGGUGCCAUUCUUGAUCAAAAUAAAAUUGAAAACGGAAGUAGAAGAUUAGUCCAGCCAAUGAUAUCUCAUCAGAAAACUGUAUCCACGGAUAGAACAUCAAGGCUAGAGCAGCAACUAUAGCUUCACAAGUGUGUGAUCAAAAGAUGGAGCUUGUGCAACAUUCUUUUGGAAGGGCUUGUUCAAUAGAACCGUCACACGAAUAUGCUUCGAUGUUUUUACCAUGCUCUAAUAUCCUGAACUUUUCUUGUUUCUCUACAUAUUUCAAAAUUUAGGCUCGGUAAUUCUCUGUUUUUUCUUUCUGUUCAUCAUAUUCAGAUUCAUUAGUCAACAAUCAGUUCUUUAAA